CUAUUCACUCGUGAAGGAAAUUGAAUUCUAUGCUCAAAUGGGGAGAUAAGUAUUCUUGUUUAUUUACACUUGAACUUAUGGAAUUGGGUUGUAAGAGACCUGAUUUCUGAAUUGAUAGAAAGGAUCAUAGGAAAUUCCUCCUGGUAAAUGGUGGGAGAAAUGAGGUGUCUGGGACUAUGACCAGCUCAUAUUCAGAGCUGUUUAGUUGUUAAUUACAUCGUCUAAAGAGCAGCAGUGCUCUUUCAACUGACAACCUGAGAAAAAUUGAUUUUAAAAAUCAAAUGAUCAUGCGAAAAGUUUCGUUUUUUUUACAUUGCAUUAUUUUAUGCAUUACACUUGCAUCCAUCACUGCCAUCGAUGAAAAUGAAAGUUGUACAACACCAGACAAGAAGGAUGGGAUUUGCAUUAUUCUUCCUGAAUGUAGUGCUCUAAUGAAACUUUUAAAAAAUCGACGUACAAUCAAUGAAACUUCUCUAAACUUUUUGAGAGAAUCUAAAUGUGGAUUUAAAGGAAUGACACCAAAAGUUUGUUGCAAAGAAAUUCCACCCAAUGAAAUAAUUCAAUUUAAUUCCCAAGAUAAACUGAUUCUUUCAUCGUUAGAUUCAUCAGAUGAUGAAAUAAAAUUCCCUGAUACUGCAAACCAUCCCAAUCUGAAGUACUUGAAGCAUGAUAUCUGUGGACCAAUGUUUAAUGGAAAAAUAAUGGGAGGUGCAAAGACAAGUGUGAUAGAUUAUCCCUGGAUGGCAUUACUAUCAUAUGAUUUUAAUGGAACCAAAGAAUUUAAAUGCGGUGGGAGCAUAAUAAAUGAAAGAUAUAUAUUGACUGCUGCCCAUUGUGUGACGAAUCUUUCACCACCACUCACUUUAGACGCAGUACGAAUUGGAGAACAUAAUCUAAAUACAGAUCGUGAUUGUGAUCGAGAUAAUGAUGGCAAUGAAUUAGUUUGUUCUAAUGGACAUCAAGAUUUCAACAUAGAAGAAGUUCACUACCAUCCAGAAUUUAAUUCAAGGAAUCUAAAAAAUGACAUAGGACUUAUACGAGUAGAUAGACCUAUAGACUUUUCACAGAUAACAAUCAAACCAAUUUGCUUACCGAUUGGUCCUACAGCAAGCCAUGGUCCUAAACGAUUUACAGUGCUUGGCUGGGGAUCAACAGAACGUGGACCACGUAGCAACGAACUUCUCCAGGUGACUCUAGCUCGAAUGAAUUAUAAAGAAUGCGCUAAACGGUAUCCUCGUUACGUAACUAUUUGGUAUAAACAUAUAUGCGCUGGUGGCAGAGCUGGAAAAGAUUCUUGUGGAGGUGAUAGUGGUGGUCCUUUAUUAGCACCUGCACUUUAUUAUGACAAUAUUCGAUAUGUGCAAUAUGGGAUUGUGAGCUUUGGACAUAGAAGAUGUGGAACUGACGGUGUUCCUGGCGUUUAUACUAAAAUUGUUUUCUAUCUGGACUGGGUAUUGGAUAACAUCAAGCCCUAAUAAUAAUUUAUAAAAUUUUUCAAAGAUUUAUGUUUUUAACGUUGACCAUCAUUAUGAUUGUCAAAUUAACCUAUGAAUAAUUUUUUGUAAUAAUA